CACGAUACACUGUAAGAUCCUUUGGAAUCAGGAGAAAUGAGAAGAUUGCUGUUCAUUGCACGGUUCGCGGGGCCAAAGCAGAGGAGAUUCUGGAGAAGGGGUUGAAGGUGCGAGAAUACGAGUUGAGGAAAAACAACUUCUCAGACACGGGGAACUUUGGCUUUGGAAUCCAGGAACACAUCGAUCUGGGGAUUAAAUACGAUCCCAGUAUUGGUAUCUACGGCUUGGACUUCUACGUGGUGCUGGGCAGGCCUGGGUUCAGCAUUGCUGACAAGAAGCGCAGGACUGGCAACAUUGGAGCCAAGCACAGAAUUGGAAAGGAGGAAGCCAUGCGCUGGUUUCAGCAAAAGUAUGAUGGCAUCAUCCUUCCUGGUAAAUGAGCAGUUCCUGUUACCAAAAAAGCAAAUAAAAUUUUCUAACCCCUAA